AUGGCAAGGCCAUGGGCACUCCUUCUUAUCUGCUUCCUUCUGCCUGGAAUCCUGCUCUCAGAGGCUGCCAAAAUCCUAACUCUGUCUUUGGUGGGUGGAAGCCAUCAUCUCCUAAUGGACCGAGUGACUCAGAUACUUCAAGAUCAUGGUCAUAACGUCACCAUGCUUCUCCACAGAGCAAAUUUAUUGACAUCAGGUUUCAAAGAGGAGGAAAAAUCUUAUCAAGUUAUCCCUUGGCUUCUACCUGAAGAUCAUUACAAAGAAUUUAUGAAGUUUUUUGAUUUCUUUAUGAAAGAAGCUUUGGCUGGCAGAGACAAAUUUGAAAACUUUUUAAAAGCGAUGGAACUAAUGGGACUUCAGUGCAGUCAUUUGCUAAAGAGAAAUGAUAUCAUAGCUUCCUUAAAGGAUGAGAACUUUGACCUGAUAUUUGUUGAUAUGUUUGACUUGUGUUCUCUCCUCAUUCCUGAGAAGCUUGGGAAGCCAUUUGUGUCCAUUAUUUCCACCUCGUUUGGCUUUAUGGACUUUGGACUACCAAGCCCCCUGUCUUAUGUGCCAGUAUUUGAUUCCUUGCUAACCGACCAUAUGGACUUUUGGGGCAGAGUGAGGAACUUCUUGAUGUUUUUUGAUUUCUCUAUAAGGCAAUGGAGAAUCCACUCUACAUUUGACAACACCAUCAAGGAGCAUUUUCCCGAAGGCUCUAGACCAGUUUUGUCUCAUCUACUAAAGAAAGCAGAACUAUCGUUUGUUAACUCUGACUUUGCCUUUGAUUUUGCACGGCCUCUCCUUCCCAACACUGUGUAUGUUGGAGGCUUAAUGGCCAAACCUGUUAAAGCAGUACCACAAGAAUUUGAGAAUUUCAUUGCCAAGUUUGGAGACUCUGGUUUUGUCCUUGUGGCCCUGGGCUCCAUGGUGAACAUCUUUCAGUCCCCGGAGCUUCUCAAGGAGAUGAACAGUGCCUUUGCUCAUCUUCCUCAAGGGGUGAUAUGGAAGUGUAAGCCUUCUCAUUGGCCCAAAGAUAUCAAAUUGGCAGCAAAUGUUAAAAUUGUGGACUGGCUUCCUCAGAGUGACCUCCUGGCUCACCCGCACAUCCGUCUCUUUGUCACCCAUGGUGGGAUAAAUAGCAUCAUGGAGGCCAUCCAACAUGGCGUGCCCAUGGUGGGGAUUCCCAUCUUUGGAGACCAGCCUGAAAACCUGCUCCGAGUAGAAGCCAAAAAGUUUGGUGUCUCUAUCCAGGUAAAGCAGAUCAAGGCUGAGACACUGGCUCUGAGGAUGAAGCAAGUCAUAGAAGACAAGAGGUACAAAUCUGCAGCAGUGGCAGCCAGCAUCAUCACGCGCUCCCACCCCCUGACCCCUGCCCAGAGGCUGGUGGGCUGGACCAACCACAUCCUCCAGACAGGGGGUGCUGCACACCUCAAGCCCCACGCCUUCCAGCAGCUGUGGUAUGAGCAGUACUUGCUCGACGUCUUCUUGUUCCUGCUGGUGGUCACUGUGGGCACCGUGUGGCUCUGUGGGAAGCUGUUCGGCGUGGCGGCCAGGUGGCUUUGUUGGCCCAGGAAGCUGAAGAAGGCUUGAUGCCAAGGGUAUCCUGGGGGGCUGUAUUUGAGGGAGAGCGACCAU